AUGACUACUGCACAUCGUCCAACAUUCGACCCGGCUCGUGGUGGAACAGGAAGAAAUGAAGGCGAUCUCUCAAAACUUUCCACACAAUAUUCGUCUAAAGAUUUGCCUUCGCACAAGAAGCUAAAGUACAGAGAGCCACAGAUUGUCGAUGAGCACAGAUCAAAGGUAAGACUUAGCUUACAGUUUUGUUGUUUUAGACAUUUUAAGGCUCUUCUGGCUUAGAAUUGCUGUAUAUUACACUAGGUAUCGAAAUACAAGUAUUUCGUAGCAAAUAAUAAAGACUUAUGUUAAUUUUGAUAUUUUCAGGACCUUCGCCGAGUUUUAGAAGAAAGAGAAAGCAAGAGCAAAGACAAAGGAUCAUCAAGUUCAGUUCCAGAAAAGAAGUUAAGGUUAGAAGCGGCAGACGUAAACCCAGAUAAAGAUGAUCCAUUGGACGACGUUGAUAUAGACGACAGUGAUGAAGACUCAGAUGACGAUGAAGCGUUGAUGGCUGAAUUGGAAGCGAUUAAAAAGGAACGAGCGGCUGAGAAAGCUGCAAAAGAGGCUAAAGAAGCUGCUGAACAGGUAUGACUUUAUGUUUUUUGUUUUUAUUUAGGUGUGGCUGCUGAAUUUUGCAAGAAAUUUUGGUUUAAAAGAUGCGGAAGAAAAUGAAGAUGGUGGUCUAAAAGAUUAUAGCUGAAACUGCGAGCUUUGGAUGCUGAAAUUUAUGACAAAAAGCAUAUUAUACUAGGUUUUGAAAGCGAAAAAUUGAAAUUGAUUUUUUCUUUGUAAAAUACGAACGUUUUUUUUCAUUUCGUUUUUAGAAUACAAUUAUAUGGGCAUAUACAACUAUUUAUGGAAUGCAAAAAUUAUAGCAAAAGUUUAUUUAUAGCUUAUCAGAGCAUAUUAACCUUCAAUAUCAGUUGACAUUACCUUCCGAUAUAAUUUCUGCCUUAUAAUCCCUUUUAGAAUUUAAAUAAUUUUCUUUUUUAUGAAGGUCAAAAGAGGAACGAACUUUUUGAUAGACAUUUUUAUCACUCAAAUGAUAAGCUCAUUAACUUUCUACGAAAUUUUCGAAAAUCGCGAAGGAACGAUUUACAUGGAGAACAUCAAAAAGAAACCGAAACUACAGUAAAAGUUGUGAAAUUUGGCAUUUUAGAGGGUUAAUUUAAAAAUGGCGGCUUAUAAAUUAUAGGAGUUAAUUGCUGUUUAUGCAUUUUGUUGUUUUAGAUAGUAUAAUGAAAUUUUUCGGAAUUUUAGUGAUAAGACAAUAGAAAAUAUAUGGUUUAUAUGUACUGUGCAGUGAGAUAAGAGUAAGAAUAAAUUAUUGAGCGUAAUAGUGUAAAAAGUGAAUUAAUUAGGCUUGAAAUGGGGUUUUUGUUUUGAUUAUUGGCUAAAAAUUCAUAAAUUUUUGUGUUUCGAAGCGGGGCGCGGAAAAGUUAUUGUAACUUUUGUUAAAGUGCAGAUUUAAAAAAAUGGAGUAAAGGUAAUAGAACAGGUUAUAAUUUUACAAAUUUUAAAGAUUGUGUGGGGUAGAUGACAAAAGUUAUGGCACAAACAAAAAACUUGGCAUAUUUUUUCGUUACUUGGCUUUUAGGUUCGUUUUUUGAAAAUUUUACUAAAGAACAUUCAGGCUAACAAAACUAGUUCAAAAGAACAUCCAAACGAUCAUAUAUAUUGCUUACAACACAUAAAAUACUACAAAAAUUUUGCGUCACUUUGCAUUUCCGCCAUCUCGUUGGGGUCGUUAUCAGCGAGGGACGAACAACUUUCAGCAGCUACUUUCUAUUAUUUUUUUAAAUUGCCUUAUCAUUGCCUCAUAAAUUAUACUAGUUGGUGUUUCGGUUUUCAGGAACGGGUGCGACGUGAGAACCUGUUGCAGGGCAACCCCCUACUGCAACCUCAGCAACAGUCGGCCGAGUUCAAGGUGAAGCGGCGGUGGGAUGACGAUGUGGUGUUCAAGAAUUGCGCCAAAGGUACGGACCAAAAAAAGCCGGCCAACUUUAUAAACGACUCGAUUCGGUCCGAGUUUCAUCGCAAAUUCAUGGAGAAGUAUAUCAAAUAG